CAACAAAAUAUCUCAUCCCCACUAAUCACCAUGGAACGAUUAUCCCUCUUCUUCUUCCUCCUCUUGUCCGCCUCCAUAGCCGUCGCCGUCGCCAUCGAUGAAUCUACUGCGGAUCCGUUGAUCCGGCAAGUCGUCCCGGAGGAGGAGACCUCCGCCGAUCAUCUAUUGAACGCUGAACACCACUUCACUCUCUUCAAGAGCAAGUUCGGUAAGACAUACGCGACUGCAGAUGAGCACGAUUACCGUCUGUCCGUCUUCAAGUCUAACCUUCGCCGUGCCAAGCGCCACCAGCAACUGGAUCCCACUGCUGAGCACGGCGUUACCAAGUUCUCUGAUUUGACCCCGUCGGAGUUCCGUAAGACAUACCUCGGCUUGAAGAAUCCUCUAAAAUAUCCCGCCGAUGCGAACAAGGCGCCUAUUCUUCCUACAACCGAUCUUCCUGAAGACUUUGACUGGCGCGAUCAUGGCGCUGUUACUGCCGUUAAAGAUCAGGGUUCAUGUGGAUCGUGUUGGUCUUUUAGUACAACCGGAGCUUUAGAAGGAUCCCACUUCCUUCAAACAGGGGAGUUGGUUAGCCUCAGUGAACAACAACUUGUGGAUUGUGAUCAUGAGUGUGAUCCUGAAGAAAAGAAUGCAUGUAACGCAGGUUGCAAUGGUGGGCUGAUGACCAGUGCAUACGAGUACAUACUCAAAUCCGGUGGAAUUCAGAAGGAAUCCGAUUACCCCUACACAGGAAGAGAUGGCACUUGUCACUUUGACAAAUCCAAAAUCGCAGCAUCUGUCGCUAACUUUAGCGUCAUUGGCACAGAUGAAGACCAAAUCGCUGCUAAUCUUGUCAAACAUGGCCCUCUUUCAAUUGGAAUCAACGCAGCUUGGAUGCAAACAUAUGUUGGUAAAGUAUCAUGCCCUUAUAUAUGUUCAAAGAAGCGAUUGGAUCAUGGUGUUCUUCUGGUUGGGUACGGAUCAGCUGGUUAUGCGCCUAGCAGACUUAAGGAGAAGCCUUACUGGAUCAUCAAGAACUCAUGGGGAGCAAAUUGGGGAGAGGAAGGGUACUACAAAAUCUGCAGUGGGUACAACUUAUGUGGGAUGGAUACUAUGGUUUCUGCAGUGGUUUCUACUAAUACUUGAAAUUCUUGAUGGAAAUCAACAAUGUGUAUAUAUGUAUUAUGAUGGUGAUUAUGUGAAUUGUUGAAGCUUUAAGUUCUAUUUGCGUAUUGGCUUCACUAUUAAAAACAUUAAUAGGUGUUAAUUAAUGGUUCAUGCUUUUGUUUCAAGUAUAUGUUUGACUGCAAAAUGUGGUGUUUUUUUUUUUAUCGCCGUGCAUGAUGUAUUUAUGUGGGUUUUCGAUGUGGAAUUUCACAAUUUGUUAAAGAAAUUACCAAUGUUUCUUGUA